AUGAAAGUUAUCAUCAACGGUACUGCCUUGGACCAGAACCCAAAGCACGAUGCUCCAAUUCCUCUUUACAAGGAAGUAUCCAAAUGGGACCAUGAAGCCGAAGCCAAAAUCAAACAAAAGAUCCGACGCAACCCUCAAAACGCAACACCAACCUACGAAAAGGAAUUCACACCUUGGGAUGGUGAUACAGUGGAAGACUACUGUCAAUUCAGAUUUACUUGGAACGAACUCGAAGUCGGACAAGCCCUGAAUGCUCCUGGAAAACACCACACGAUUCUAUCUAUUCUCUCCGGUCAAGCAAAGGAGAAUUGGCAAACAGCGGUCUCUCAACUUCCAGACGAUCAGCAAACGACCCAACAGGGUUUCGACACAGCAAUGGAAAGUUUUGCCCUCUGCUACUGCACUUUGGAUGCUCGUCAGAAGCAACGUCGCUUCAUCAACAAAGCUUUGAGAUUGCCCAAGAAUAUGUCGAUCCGAGUCUUCUGGAACAGACUACUUUUCAUGUUCCGAUGCUACCAACAUCUCCCUGGAACUGGUACAACACCAACACCAGAACAUCGACGUGAAAUCUUGAUCCAAUGUCUACCAAGAAGUGUCGAGAAUGAUAUGACGAGAGGUGACUACCGUUGGGACGAUCCUAACAAAACGGAAAUCGAUCUUAUCAACUAUUUGACUCGUCUCCAAACCAUUGGUUUCUCGGAAAAAAGGUCCAUUCCAACAAAAACAACAGUUACGAAGAAAAAGACGGAAUACCGCAAUUUCAAAAAAGACCGUAAAAACGGCCCAAACAAAAAGAAAAUUUGUGACUAUUGCACCAAGAAAAAAGGCUUCACAUUCUAUGGUCACACUGAAGACCAAUGUAACAACAAGAAGAAAGAUCUUGCUAACAACAAAGAAGAAAAACACAACAUUGAACCAAUGGACGUAGAAAACGAGAACGACGUGACUACUCGUUUCGGCUUUUCUAUGUCCAAGAAAGAAAUCUCCAAGAAAAUGUUCAACGAAGGCGAUUCCAACGCUAAGGAAAUGGCCUCACUAUGUGACGAAGAGCUCACCGAGUUCCUAAAUAUCGACGACAACGACGACGACGACGUUAAACUAGUUAUAACGCAAAGGAACAAGCCCUUGCCAAGGCUGACAACUAAAGGUCACGAUUAA